AUGAGUGUUAAACACCCCUUGGAUUUGCUUUCCGCGGAUGAAAUUCGGAUCGCCAGCGCGGCUAUUAGACGCGCGCGUAAAAGUCCUUUGUUUUUUCGGAACAUCUUCAACCUUGAGCCUCCCAAGGCCCAGCUCAUCCCUUUUCUCGACACAGAGCAUGCGGGCACUCUCUGUGCAGGCACCCCCCGACCCCCUCGUCGCGCUCGUGCUCAGUACGACGUGAUUGAGCAUGAUGGGAACCGAUAUUACAUGGAAUCCACCAUAGACCUGGCUACAGGCGAAGAGGUAGACAAGCGGCGCCUCCACCCAAAACAACGAGCCUCGUUUACCGUCGACGAGUUCCAAGAGUUCAUUGACCAUGCCCUCGCCAGCCCGAUAUUCCAGAGCGCCGUGGCAGAGAUGGAACUUCCGUCUGGCUGGGAGGUGGCCAUUGACCCCUGGCCAUAUGGCGGCUCGGAUUUUGGAGACGACUACACCACUCGCUUGACGCAGCUAUUCUGCUUUGCUAGAGACAUGACCAAGGGCAAUGAUGACGUGAAUCAUUACUCCUUCCCACUCCCCAUCUGCGCCGUCAUGGACACAGCCACCAAGCAACUUGUUCGUGUCGAACGGCUCCCCACGGGAGGGCAUGGUGACCAAGAUGAUGAUUUUGCUGUGAAAAUCAUUGGACCCGGUUUUGCUGCCCCCAAGAAGCCCACGGAGCACUGCGGACCGGCAGAUUAUGUGCCAGAGAUGCUCACUCAGCCGGUGCGCUCCGACUUGAAACCGCUGAAUGUGCUACAGCCAGAGGGCGCCUCCUUCACCGUGACGGACAACAGCCUGCUGGAGUGGCAGAAGUGGCGGCUGCGCAUCUCCUUCACGCCCCGGGAAUGCGCCGUGCUCCAUGACAUCCACUUCGACAACCGCAGCGUUCUGCAUCGACUGUCCUUUAGCGAGCUGACGGUGCCUUACUGUGAUCCCCGGCCCCCUUACCACCGUAAACAGGCCUUUGACUACGGCGACGCCGGAGCCGGCCGUACCGCAAAUAACCUCGGACUGGGCUGCGACUGUCUAGGUGCCAUCAAAUACCUGGAUGCCACCCUCGUCACACCCACCGGAGAGCCCUCCCUUGCUAAAAAUAUUUGCUGUAUUCACGAAACCGACGACGGGAUCCUAUGGAAACAUACCAAUUUAAUGACGGACCGUGCUGUUGUGGUGCGUAAUCGCAAGCUGGUCAUCCAAUAUGUCAUCACGCUGGGUAACUAUGAGUACAUCUUCUCCUACCAGCUCGACCUAGCAGGAGGCAUCUAUCUCGAGACGCGUCCCACGGGAGUCAUGUCGCCCGUAGGCAUCGACCAGGGCAAGACGUCGCCGUACGGCACCGUCGUGGGGCCGGGAGUUUUGGCUCAGAACCAUCAACACAUCUUUGCCGUGCGCAUCGACCCAGCCAUUGACGGGCAUGCCAACACGGUUACCAUGGAGGAUUCCGUGCCCAUGCCGAUGGAGCCGACAAAGAAUCCAUACGGCAACGGCUACGAGGUGCAGUCCACAAUCAUCACCAAGUCCACUCACAUUGACGCCUCGCCGUUGACCAACCGCGUGGUCAAGAUAUCCAACCCCUCCAAGACCAACCCGAUCUCUGGCCGCCCGGUGUCGUACAAAUUUGCCCCGGCACCGACGCAACUGCUCAUGGCGGAUGCAGCAUCCGACAUUGGCCGCCGCGCCAAGUUUGCCAGACACCACGUCUGGGUGACGCGACACGCCGACUACGAGUUCUGGGCUGGCGGCGAGUUCACCAACAUGUCACGCGAGGAAGAGGGAGGCUGCCAUGACGCCGCGGCCCGCAAUGACGACGUUGAGAAUACCGACGUCGUUGUGUGGGCCGUUUUCGGCUUCACGCAUUCUCCUCGCGUGGAGGAUUGGCCAGUCAUGCCCGUGGAGCGUCACGAGUUGCAUCUGCGGCCGGUUGACUUCUUCGACGCCAACCCGGCCUUGGAUGUGCCCAGCCAUCGCAAUACAGCGUCUGUCUUGGUGGACGGCGAGUGCUACGUGAAUGGUGCUUGA